AUGAGCUCUCGAGCAACAUGGCGACUCUGUGGGCGUAGUCAGAACACACGCCAUUGGCCACUCCUGGCGACAGUAUCCUCUACACAAUCGCCAGCUUUGCUACGGAUACAGUCACGUCCCAUCCACAAUGACGGUCCAAAGAGCUUGAAUCCGCUGGUCAACCCACCCGAUGUCACGCGACCACCACCGCUGACGCUGCCUCGACGCCGAGACUUUGAGUCGCCGAUAAAAUACUACUUCGAGCUGGGAAAGGGAUAUCUAAAAUUCUACAAAGGGGGCAUAAAAAAUGUCUGGACGAGCCGACGUCUCCUCCGCGAGAAGCUUCAGCGAACUCCAGUCGAUGACCGGCCAUCGAUAUUUAGACCGCACUACGUCCCAAAGACGUUUUCCAGAGCAGACUGGGUUCUUCUCUGGAGGGUACGGCAUGAUAUGAUCAGACUUCCUCUGUUCGGGCUUAUGUUGAUUGUCAUUGGGGAAUUCACUGUCCUGGUUGUUGCCUACGUCGACAGUGUAGUGCCGUACCCUUGCAGGAUACCAACGCAGAUCUUCACGGCGCUUGAAAAGGCUGAGCAACGUCGCAAGGCUGCUUUCGAUGAGUUGGAAGCGAGACAUCCUAAUGGUGUCCUUAGCCCGCGCGUCACCCAGGCAAUUGCUCGGUCUCACGUCCUCAAGAGCUUGCAUCUGAGCGGUGCAAUCUGGGACCGUCUAGGCUUCCUACCACCAGGAAUGUGGCAGGCCAAGGGACGAUAUCGUAUGGCGUAUCUAGAGGGUGAUGACAGAAAUAUCGUCGAGGAUGGUGGACCCAUGGGACUGCACUACGAGGAACUCAGAAUUGCAUGCGCAGAACGAGGCAUUGACACACUCGGGAAAAGCGAGACUGAGUUGCGGGGGUGGCUCGGCGACUGGCUGCGUCUGACAGCCUCCGACGAUAUCGAUGAAAGGAGGCGACGCAUGGCAGUGUUGUUCCUGACCAGACCAGAGAAUUGGCCUCAGCAUAGAGAUUUUGGCGUGCCUGAAUGGCAACUAUGA